ACAGCAACAGCAACAACAGCAGCAGCCGGCACCGCCGCCGCCACCACCACCACCACCACCACCACCAUCACCACCGUCACCACCGCCACCACCGCCACCACCACAACAGCAAAAACCACAGCAAGUACAAAAGCAGUCUGGACAGCCAUCAUUCAAAGGACCAAGCAAAAUCGAUAAAGCACCAAUAUCAUAUGAUCUSUCCAAGAUACGACUGAACGCUAACAAUGAUCCUAUGUUAAAAAAAUACUUAGAUUCGCCUGAUGAURCCGAAAAUGCUGAUGAUGAAGAUUCWCUCACUGAACCUGAGCCAACAGUAGGACUAGAUUCACAUCAAACCGCCUCUUACUUGCAACCAACGUCAUUCAGAGUCGGAGCAGAUGGCGAUCCUUUACUCAAUUCAAUAUUYGAUUCGCCGCUUGAACCAAAUCCUGUGGAGGGUUUAAUAUCCAGUCCAAGUCAGAGCUAUGUCAAGCCAACCGCACCUACUGUGUAUAGCAAUCAGGCCUCAUCAUCAACAGCUUCUUCGUAUCUAUCGAAUCAAAAUUCUACCUUUGUACAGCCUUUUAAYGAUGCUGUUGAUAAUUAUGUACAGCCAACUCAUGCAGCUAAUGUCUUGGAUCAUACUGUUUAUAACUUCAACGCCGUACCCGAUGCUSCAACGUUCCCGGGGGAUACAAAUCCCGUAGUGGGUGUGAAACCACUCGUCAAUGCAAAUCCCGUAAUGGGUGCAAGUCCGGUAGCGAAUACCUAUCCGGCAGUAAAUACAAAUCCCGUAGUUGGUGCAAGUCCCGUAGUGAGUACCAAUCCCGUAGCGGGUACAUAUCCCGUAGAGCAUCACCCGACUCUACAACAGUUUAAUGAUGGAACCGAUUUACUUGCUUUUAUCAGUUCGCAGAACGGAGCUAUCCACGGUGCCCGCCCGACAUCUCCGUUGCUAUCUAAAAAGCCCAUAUAUGAUGAYAAAAUAGAGACUGASUACGUKCCUAUGGCCAAGCGAUCUUCCUUUCCUAUAGUAUURCACAAGCGAUAUCCUUACUUGUCAUCAAGCUAUAGCCCUCCUUGGAGCCAAAAGAAGUCAAACGUUCAGUUAGCAAAAAAGAGAAGAAGAGUACUAGAGUUGAAACCAUUAAAACGCAAGAGAAGACAUGAUCAUUCAAAGAAAAAGAAGAGGAAGAUGAAGAAAAAGAAGAAGAAACGCCAUGUGAAAUCUCUAAGAAAAAUCCURAUGGAACUUAUACAAAGAUGAUUUCAAUUCAUUUGCAAAUAGGAGAAAAUGCUUUUUAUUGAAUGUGGGAUCAACUAGCAAUGGACAACAUUAUUUUCUUGAACAAUGACAAUCUGUGGAUUGGAAACUUUUUUAUUGAAAUAUAUAUUAUAACUGAACGGACUUUAAAAGUCGGCACAGGAACCCCGAAGAAGAUGAAGUUACACUAAUACGGAAAUUUAUCUUGUGAACUGCACAAUAGCACUGCUGUAAAUCCUUUAAAGUCCGAUAUGCCUCCAAGAACCUUUGUGCAAUAUUCUCUCACAUAAGAAAAUUCAACAACUUUGACUAUUCAAAAAGCACUUUUCAACAAGAGAUCAUUUUGUAACACAACAAGGUGCACGUGGGUCUUUAAUUUCCAUAUACAAAUCUUUUGUGAAAAUAAGAAAGAGGGAAAACUCUGUGACCGCGAAGAAAAUCCGAUGUUGUACGGAUAUAUUCCGAAAAUUACACGAAGAAAUCACGACGAAAAGUCAGGACACCAAAUAGCCYGAAAUAUAAAGGAUAACUAUUUCUUAUUAUAAAAAGCUAAAAAAAUAUAUAAGUUAAAAACAUAUAUUCUGGAUGUAUUUAAAAAAUAUCAUUGAUGUAAAAAAUGUAAAUAGAUCAGAUAGUGGAGUAUUAUCAUUAGCRGAAAAAUCGUAAUUAAACCAAUUUAAU